AUGCCGCCCAAAUUCUGGAAGCCAGGGACAGUCGCUCCAGGCAGCGCGCUCGACCGCGAGUCCGAAGCCGAGGGCUCGUUCGUCUCCACUUCCUCGCAGAGGGCCAACCUCAGCCUCGACGCGCAGCGUCAGCGCUUGCCAAUCUACAAGCACAAGAGCAAGCUGCUUUGGUGUGUUGAGAGGUAUCAGGUUGUCAUUGUCGUGGGCCAGACGGGUAGCGGAAAGUCGACUCAAAUACCCCAGUACCUCCAUGAGGCUGGAUGGUCCUCGGACAACCGAGUAGUGGCAUGCACCCAGCCUCGACGAGUUGCCGCCACUAGCGUAGCCACACGUGUUGCCGAGGAGGUCGGAACGAUCCUCGGAGAUGAAGUCGGCUACUCGAUCCGCUUCGAGGACCUGUCUUCUCCGACCCGCACGAGGAUAAAGUAUCUCACAGACGGCAUGCUGUUCCGCGAGUGUAUGGUCGACCCGCUGUUGAGCCGGUAUAGCGUCAUUAUGAUCGACGAAGCGCACGAGCGAGGAGCCUACACCGACCUCCUACUUGGCCUGCUCAAGAAGGUUAUGAAGAAGCGACCAGAGCUGCGCGUUAUCAUUUCUUCGGCUACCAUUGACGCCGAGGACUUUCUCGAGUACUUCAACACCAACGCCGACGGCUCAGACCGCUCCAAGGACGACGCCAUCAUCGUCAGUCUGGAAGGCCGCAUGUUCCCCGUGGAGGUGUGCUACCUCAAGGACCCCGCUGUCGACUAUGUGCAGAUGGCUGUGGACACGGUGUUCAACAUUCAUCUGAAGGAACCGGCGGGCGACGUGCUGGUCUUUUUGACAGGGCGCGACGAGAUUGACAAUGCGAUUCAACAAGUGGCGGACAGGACGCAAUCAAUGCCCCGAGGAGCUCCCCAGAUCCUCGCGCUCCCGCUGUACGCCACUUUGCCACCCGAGGAGCAGGAGAUCAUCUUUGACCCGCCGCCACGAGACACUCGCAAGGUCAUCUUCUCGACCAACAUUGCAGAGGCAAGUGUAACCAUUGAUGGUAUCAAAUAUGUGGUCGACUCUGGCUUUGUAAAGUUGAAAACGUACAAUCCGCGUACCGCCAUGGACGUCCUCACAGUCACCCCUUGCUCACUGGCGUCUGCGAACCAGAGGGCCGGUCGUGCUGGUCGUACCUCUGCCGGCAAGUGCUUCCGCCUCUAUCCGUCCGCGAUUCUCCCGACUCGCAACCCAAUGUCGCCCAUGCCGAUCAUGACACCGCCCGAGCUGGUGCGGUCUGACAUUAGCAUGUUUGUUCUCCAGCUCAAGGCGCUGGGUAUUGACAAUGUCGCCAAAUUCGACUUUAUGAGCCCACCACCGAGCGACAUGAUGAUUCGUGCGCUCGAGUUUCUGUUCUGCCUCAAGGCCAUUGACGAGGAAGGGCGGUUGACCAAGCCGCUCGGGGAACGGAUGGCCGAAGUGCCCCUGGAUCCCAUGAUGGCCGCUAUCCUCUUGAACUCGUACGAGUUUGGGUGCAGCGAGGAGAUUCUCUCCAUUGCGGCCAUGACGUCGGUCCAGAACGUCUUCAACAUGUCCGACGGCGGCCUGCGCGGCGCCAUGUCCGAGGUCGAGCGGCGCAAGUUUACCGCUGAGGAAGGCGACCACCUCACCCUCCUAAACGCGUACAAUGCGUUCAUCAAGCAUGGCCACCGGGACAAGAGCUGGUGCGGCAACCACCGGAUCAACUUCAAGGCCCUGUCGCGCGCCGUGGCGAUCCGCAAGCAGCUGAAAAAGUACCUCGAGCGGUUCAGCAUCCCCAUUGUGUCGUGCGACGGCGAUGCCGUGCGGUUGCGGAAAUGUCUCGUGUCGGGAUACUUUAAGAAUGCGGCCCGUAUGUUGCCCGACGGCACGUACAGGAGUGCGCGUGAGGGAGCAAUUCUUCAUGUCCACCCAUCCUCGGUCAUGUUUACGCGCCAGCCAAGCACCGGCUGGGUCAUUUUCCACGAGGUUGUGGAGACAACCAAGAGCUUUAUGCGCGACCUGACGGUUGUAGACGAGGAGUGGCUCGUCGAGCUCGCGCCACACUACUAUCAGUUCAAGGGCGGAGGUAUCAAGCAGCAUCAGUAG